GUGGAGCGGCAGCCAUGCAGUCGCUCAAAAUCCCGAUCUUGCUUUUUGUGCAGUUUAUCGCUCGGUCUGGCACGUGGCUACAACCUUCGGAUCCAGCGAUCACCGGCUGUCCAUCACCAGCGUUGCUGACGGUCCCGAUCUUCAAUAACGCGUCCUCAUGUCAUCAGUUCUGCUUUACCGGACACAUUCCUUCCAUGGUCAGCGGGUCGACAACACUGCUGGCGACUGCAGCGACGCAGGAGGAUAUAACAGCACUGGAAAUCCUACGCCCCUUCAGUGGGCACGGUGGAGCGGCAGCCAUGCAGUCGCUCAAGAUCCCAAUCUUGCUUUUUGUGCAGUUUAUCGCUCGGUCUGGCACGUGGCUACAACCUUCGGAUCCAGCGAUCACCGGCUGUCCAUCACCAGCGUUGCUGACGGUCCCGAUCUUCAAUAAUGCGUCCUCAUGUCAUCAGUUCUGCUUUACCGGACACAUUCCUUCCAUGGUCAGCGGGUCGACAACACUGCUGGCGACUGCAGCGACACAGGAGGAUAUAACAGCACUGGAAAUCCUACGCCCCUUCAGUGGGCACGGUGGAACGGCAGCCAUGCAGUCGCUCAAAAUCCCGAUCUUGCUUUUUGUGCAGAAGCAAUGCUUCCCAAUGUGUCAAGCUUGUGACUGCCUGCUGAAGCCAGCGACUCUUGUGAGUGCGGCCUGCUGUGGUGGGCCUCGGAAGCCUUAGGAACCAGCACUUCUUGAAGCACCGGUGAUUCAAGAGAUUCCAAAAUGACCCGAGACUCCACAGAAUCGUGCGACGCCAAAGACAAAGUCGAUGCUGGCGUUUGUGACUCUUCACCUGACAGUGACGGCACUUCAAGCGUUGCCAGAUUAGAAAACUGGCUCAUCUUCGUUAAGAUGCCCGCAGCGCUUCCCUCCUCACUCGAUGUAGGCAUUGGUGGAAGGUUGGCGGACGUCUUGUAUGUGAGCGUAAUAAGGUUUGCACAUAUUGUCAAUGUGCAAAUAAUGUGUCAGCCUGAGUGCAAAAAUAUGUGAUGGUUCAAGGCCGUCUACAUUGGUUUAAAGUGUCAUUUUAUUAGAGAAGAACGCCGAAGCUUUGACUCAGUUUUGUAGGGACUAUUCGAAGCUGAAACAUACCAGAUUCAGUUUCAAGAUAAUUAGCAGCAAGCAUUUCAAUACAUUUAAUCAGUACAACCACUAAUUAAUUUUUAUGUUGAAAGACCUACGCUUGUACUUUCUAAACAUAGUCUAGUAGUAUUGUUAUGUCUUGC